CGAGUACCUUCCCUGGGCCCUAUUCUCCGGAAUGCGUGCGUUAGCCCUAAGCGGCAUGAACUGGAUGUUCGCGACCAUCGUCUUCACCCUUGCCGUCGUCCCGUUCGCCGCGAACGUCUGGAUCAUCUCACUCGGAGUGCUUGGGUCGAACUUCCCUAUAGUCGGCUGCGGCGGGGGAAGCAAUGCCACGAAGCGCGACACGUUGAUGUGGAAUCCCCUCUCGCGCUCGUGCGCGAUCGCCGCCGACAUCCUCGUCAUAGCGGCCACUUGGAGAUACGCGCUUAAAGGAGGAGUGUUCCGCCGCGAUAUGCGCGGUGUGACGCCGUCCCGCCUCGCGAACGUCUUGCUGUACAACGGGACUAUAUACUUUCUGGCGCUCAUCGCCUUGAACGUCACCCACCUCACCUUGACGCUACUUUCCAUCGUCCAGCUCGAUAACCCCGUCAGCGAAGUGUCUAUCUUCACCGACCCGCUCACUGCGAUCCUCAUCGGCCGCUACCUGAUGGCCCUACAAUCCGCGAACCAGCAAGUCCUCGGCCACACAUCCACCUCGUCGCAGUCCGGAGAGGACGUUGACGCCGACGGCUCGGACACGCUCCGAUUCGCGCCGCGCAUCAUCGGGUCCAUCGGAGCGACACUCACGAUACGGGACGAGGAGGAUGCCCUUGAGUGGCAGCACGCAGACGAAGAGGUUGGAGACGAAGGGAAGGUUUACGAUGGGGGCGUGCACGAAGGUUCCGAGACCGGGGUCGCGCUAUGAUGCUCGCCUGUGAUCUCCCAUCGACGCUGCGCUACCGGCGAUUGACUUCGAGCGCCACUGAUACACAUAUCGCCGAGAAGUGCUGCAGCGCCCCAAGGCGCCCCGGCUACCUCUAUUGUACACCACUCACACAUUCCUGCGUCGCUGCGUCUAGAAAACCCCGGAUCCGACGACAGGACAUUACUGUAUAUCCG